UCAAGGAAUUUGCACACCCUGCAAUGGAGCUUUUCUCUGCAUUGGAUACAGUAGGACCAACCUUAUUUCUUGCAACUGCCAUGUUUGGUUUUGUGUUUCAAAUGACUUCUUUAAUCACAGAGAAAGAACUAAAGCUUCAACAGGCAAUGACAAUGAUGGGUCUUUAUGAUUCUGCAUACUGGUUCUCAUGGCUCACAUGGGAGGGAAUCAUAACACUUCUCUCAUCACUUUUCAUCGUUCUCUUCAGAAUGAUGUUUCAGUUUGAUUUUUUCCUUAAGAACAAUUUUCUGGUCUUGUUCCUUGUCUUCUUUCUUUUCCAACUCAAUAUGCUUGGUUUUGCCUUUAUGUUGUCAGCCUUCAUAAGCAAGUCAUCUCCAUCCACAACUGUGGGUUUCUCCAUAUUUAUUGUUGGUUUUAUGACCCAGCUUGUUACAGCAUUUGGAUUUCCCUAUUCUGAUAGCAUCUCCAGAACCUAUCGAAUCCUCUGGUCAUUAUUCCCACCUAAUCUUCUUGCCAAAGCUCUGCAGAUACUCGCUGGUGUAACAUCCAAUCCUCUAGAUAUUGGGGUUAACUGGAGUAGAAGAACAAAAGUGUGCACUAAUGAUGAUGACUGUGCUAUAACAAUUGUAUGUAAACACAUUGAUCCUCAAACUCAAAACAUUUAUGAUAGGUUAUUAGUCCUUUGGACACCAAAACCAAAAAAAAAUAUGAUCUUUGAGGAAAUAUCUAAAAACUAG